CACAAAGCGCUUCAAGUACCACUGGAUCCGUGCGAAUUUCAAGCUUUCUACGAUUUGAAAAUUCGUCGUGAACGGUUACACGAUCGCGAGAAUACCACGUGAUUACGCGCAACGACUGUCAAACGUUCUCUAGUGCGAACGCGUUGCGUGCAGUGCACUGAUUCCAGUCGAAUCGUACACUUCGAUCGAAACCUUCUCCUCGCUUCUCUCUCUCUCUCUCUCUCUCUCUCUCUCUCCCGAAGAAUCAGUUUGUAAAGAAGAACUUAACGCAAAAGUAGAAAGAAUUAAAGAAGGGAUAGUUGUUUAAUCGAUGUAAUUCGAGGGGAAAUAGAAGAAAAAAAAAGAAGAAGGAAAGGAGUAUAAAGAAAGAACUGCGUUGAAAACGAAUGUGAGUAAUUAUGAAAGAGUGGCGUCGAGCGCUUGUCGUGGUAGGGCCGCUUGUACAAGCACGAGCAAACCUCUGAUUGCUGGAGGGAGAAAGAUCUGGUCGGCAACAAGGUGGUUUGUGCAAACGCGUAGGUACGCGUUUCCAAAGGCAGGCAUACGAUCGACAUCUGACUACCAUCUGACGAUCGUCCGUUCGAGAAGCGGCCUGUGGACUCGUGUGGACUGGUGGCCCCUCAGUCGAACGUCGAGCGCGGUCAUCCACGCUACGUUUAUCUUACUUGUGCUCGCGUUCGUCGUUCGAUCGUAAGUCAACCGCGUGGCGAGAAGAUCGCGUUACGUUUUUUCAAAGACCGUACACCUAUAUAAAAACACGCAAUUUCGUAAGUGCAUGAAUUGAUCGAAAAGCCGAAGAUCGAUAUCCGAUCGACUUCCUUGGGAAUCGUAUCCGCGCGAACCAAGCAACAUGUCGGAUUUGGUCGGAUACUCGCAUGAUUUCCUCGCGGAAUUCAUUCACCUCUACCGUAGUUUCCGCUGCUUGUGGCAGGUCAGGUAUAGGGGAUACAAGGACAGGAUACUUCGAAAUCGUGCUUAUGACGCUCUCGUGCAAAAAUUGAGGGAGGUUAAUCCGAUCGCGGAUAAAGAGACUGUCAUACGAAAAAUCAACACGCUUAGAACCGCGUUCAGAAGGGAAUACAAAAAGGUGCGAAAUUCGCAAAAGAUGGUCCAGAAUCCUCGACUACGAUACAGAUCUUCGUUAUGGUACUACGAUAUUUUAAAGUUCGUAGCGGAACAAAACGAAACGAGUCCACUAGAUGAAGAGAGAGACAUUAAGAAUGCUUUGGCUAACCCAACGGAUCUCUCUCAAGAGGAGAUGAUGUCUGUGCAAACGGACGUAGACAAGAUCGAGCCACCGUCGCCUGUACCGUCCCCGGCAGCUAGCUCUGCUCCGGCGUUUCAACCGAUCAUCCUUGAAACCGAGGGCUCGUACGCCAGAAGAAUUUCCACCUCCGCAUCGGCCGAUCCUCUCAGAAGGAAAUGUCAUCAACAACCGGAAAGCUUUCAAGAUCGUCAGCCGAAGGACUCGACGUGUGAAAUCUCUCCGAGACAGUUUGCCAGUUCCGUAACGGACGACCAUUUCGAGACGUUUGGUCGUUAUGUGGCUGGCAAAUUGAGGAAAUCGAUGCCUCGUCAAAGUAUUAUCGCCGAGAAAGUAAUCGCGGAGGUCCUCUUGAGAGCUAAUCUCGGCACCUUGGAAGAAGCUACUUGUCUUACGGAAAAAGUACCUUCUCGUUGCUUCUUGGUAAUGGGCGAUCGUUGAAUAUCACCGAUCGAUCACCGGCGUCCGUUUCUCCCUCAUUUGUUCUCUCCAACACUCGCGAAUGUUUUGCGUUUGUUUACGCUGUUCAUCCCCUGUCUCGCCAUUAAGUUGCAUACCCGGUCGCAUCUUUGAUCCAAACUCAUGCGCGCGUUUGUAUCCAAUGGUCAGGGAAGAACAGCGGACCACCGGCUGCCGGUUGAACAAAACACAACCUCGACAAAUUUGCUCGCGAGAAUGGCAGACAGGUCGCAUUGCAGACCAGUCAAUUCUGGCAGCCAGCCAAUGAAACAAGACCUUUUGUUUUCCUACACGUGAAAAACCAGUGCACCACGAUACAUACGUAUUUUUCAUACGAAUAAACCAGUUUCUUUGUAAGCAGAUGAUAACGAUUUCUAUUUUUUUCUUCUCUUUUCCACUCGAGAUCAGUCCACGAUUCCAUAAUUAUUCGUUUUAUAGCAACAUUUAUAUCCUAAUUACGACUAGUCUCUUGAUACACCUUUUCCAGGAAUUUGCUAUUUCGUUUUCGCUUUCCCACAGCGAAUCCAUCCCGAUGAAUUCCAUCGCCCAACCUUGAUCCAAGUCGCUUUAAACCUUUCCAAUAAAAGCUUCGUGUAAUCAUCGGUCAGUUAGUUGUAUUACAUCCGAACCAGGUACCAUCGAAGUUCUCUUGCCGAUACGAUGGUUUAAGCUUAGACGAGAUACUGCAUCUUAGAUUACGUAGCCACCGUUGCAUUAAACCGGUCGCAUAGGAAAAUGACAUUAUCGAGACGUUAUAAUUAUCACUCGAAACGCAAUUACCCUUUGUGAUUCAAAGUUAGCUUAUUUAAUAACAAUAAAUUGUUUGAGAAAUUUUUUAUGUAUCAUGUUCUGUGUAUUGAAAUAAAAAGUUAACGGUUGACGAGGUGGCCGAGUGGUUAAGGCGUUGGACUGCUAAUCCAAUGUGCUCUGCACGCGUGGGUUCGAAUCCCAUCCUCGUCGGUGUUUUUCGUACCUUUUGUCCUUUUUUGUUUUCCCUAUUUUUAAUAUUUUCUUUCGAUCAUUCGAGUGUCUACCACUUUUCACUGUCAUCGAUAAAUACGUUUCAAUCAAGAAAAAAAUUAAAUUUGCUUAAAAAUUAGUAUAAAAGAAAAGAUCGAAUAAAAACUUUGCUGCACAAAGAGAGAAAGAUAGCGGCAGGUUGAUAUACAUACAUACAUAUAUGGAUAUAAUAACUUUAAAAGUAAAGUAUAAGAAUAAAUGUUGAGAUUCUGAAGGUUUCCGCCUAAAUUUGAAUUGCAUGGUUAACGUGGUUGCGUGGAACACCAUAGAUCAUAACCAAAAUGGUAGAAAAUUAUGCGUGUUCGUCGUCAAUGUUCUCGACAGGAUCUGAAAGUGGAUGGUAUGUUUGGUCAAACAAGAUUUUCGACCUAAGUUGCGUUGCGUUUAAAAAGACGCGUUUAUCAGAUGCGUUUCAGGAUCUAGAGAAGUUGCUCUACGUCGAGCAUUAACUUUCGAACAGUGUCGGAAGAACUAUAUCCAGAAACAUGUAUUAUUUAUCUAUAUACCGACAAGAUCUUAUGAGACACCAGAGAUAUAGCCAACUUUAGUUUGUUCUUGGAUAAAACCUUAGAAAGCCUCGUAAAACAAGAAAAUUGCUCUAAAAGUUUCAGGCGUUUACGUUACAGC